UUGCGAGGGCCGCGUUGCGAGCAGGUAUGGUUUCACCCACGACGGCACCGCUGCCUGACAGCGGAGGCGGGGCGACCCGAGGAGACGCUGCAGCAGCAGCAGCAGCGGCAGGAGCAGCUGCAGGCGGAGCAGGCGUACGCAGCAGGCGCGGAGGCAGUCGGAGCCUGGCGGCGGGGCUGCUGGACGCGGUGGCGGCGGUGCCGCAACACCUGGGCAUGGCAGCUGCGCCCACGUACCUGGUCGACUUCGCAUGCUACCGCCCCGCCGACGAACUCAAGGUGGUAGCCACCGAGGUGGAGGAGGCGGGCAAGCACUGGCCCAUGUACAGCGAGGGAAUCAAGGACUUCCUGUGGAAGGUCCUCCUCAAGAGCGGCCUGUCCACCGAGACCACCUUCCUGCCCAAGGCCGUGCACCCCUGCCACACCCGGCUGCCCGACAGCACGGUGCCCACGGCUCUGGAGGAGGCGCGUGUGGUGAUGGUGGGGGCCAUAGACGAGCUGCUGGGCCGGGUGCCGGGGGGCCUGGACCCGGCGGCGGACAUUGACAUUCUCAUCACCUCCAACUCCAUCUUCUGCUCCACGCCCAGCCUGGCAUCCAUGGUUGUGAACCACUACAAGCUGCGGCCAGACAUCCAGGCCUACCACCUGGGCGGCAUGGGCUGCAGCAACGGCACCAUCGCCAUCAACCUGGUGCGGGACAUGCUCAAGGCCCGGCCCAACUCCAACCUCCUGUUCGUGUGCACCGAGGUGGUGAGCUACUGCAUGUACCCGGGGAAGGACAAGGCGCGCAUGGUGGCCAACGCCAUCUUCAGGAUGGGCGGUACCGCUGUGCUGUUCUCCAACAGGCCCAGCCAGGCCGCCCGCGCCAAGUACGUGCUGCAGCACGCGCUGCGAGUGCACACCGGAGCCAGCGACGCCUCCUACACCUCCAUGCACUGGUCGCCGGAUGAGGAGGGCAUCAAUGGCAUCUAUUUGGACAAGUGCAUCAUCGAGGAGGCCGGAAAGUGCAUUGAGAUGGUGAUGCGCGGCAUUACGCCCAAGAUCAUGACCUGGAGGCAGUACGGCGAGGCGGCGGCUCACGUGAUCUCAACCGCCAGCCGCCAACUGCUCAACCGCCGCAGCUCGUCCAAGCCAACCGCCGCUGCCUCCAAGGCGGCAGUAACGGCGGCGGCCGCUGCCAAGUCCCAGCAGCAGCAGGAGAUGAUGGCGGCGGUCGCGGGUGGCGGCAAGACGGGCGCCAGCAAGGCUGGCGGAAAGAAGGCUCUGGCCCUGACCGCCACCUCCUCCUCAGCUGCGGUGCUGGCAGUGCCAUCCAAGCCGCAGGCGGCGGCAGCCGCCACCAACGCCGCCGCCGCCACCGGGAAGAAUGCGGAGGAGCAAGGGCAGGAGCAGGGGCAGGAGGCCGCGUGUGUGGAGGCGAUCCGACAGGAGCAGGAGCAGCGCCGCCGCAGCGACAACGGCACAGCCUGGUGCGGCCCCGCGCCCGCCUGCUCAUCCCCCGCCUCCGCCUCAACAACCGCCUCAACCGGCUCCUCCUCCGACUGCGGCUCCUCGCCCGCCUCGCUCUCGCCCGCGCCCUCCGAGACUGGCGCCGCCGCUGCAGGCGCUGCUGCUGGUGGUGGUGCUACAUCAGGGGUGGGCAAGGGCGGCGCUCGCUCGCUGCUGUCGACUGUGCGGUCGGCGGUGCUGGGCGCCCUAGCCAGCUACCGGCCCGACUACACGGCGUGUGUAGACCACUUCCUGGUGCACGCGGGCGGCUAUGCGGUGCUCAAGGGCCUGCAGUCCGAGUUGGCGCUGCCGGACGCGGCCAUGAUACCCAGCUUCGCCGCACUGAGGGAGUACGGCAACACCAGCGCCAGCACCACCUGGUACGCCCUGGGCUACACGGAGGCGUGCGAGGGCGUGCGGCGCGGACAGCGCGUGUUUCAGCUGGGGGUCGGCGGCGGCAUGAAGGGCGGCUGCAACGUGUGGCGUGCGCUGCGGGACGUGGACGGCAGCAGCCACACGGCGUGGCGGCACCUGGGCGGCCGCCGGCUCAGCGAGGCGGAGCUGCCGCGCGGCAUCACCCGAGACGUGGUCAGGCACGCUCGGGCCGAGGAGUUCCUGGCCGGCAGCAGCGGGGUGCCGGGUGCGGGCGCGGGGGACAAGGCGGGCGGGGGCCAGGAUGACGGAGAUGAUGUACUGCUGGAGCAUUGAGCGGCGGGGUGCAGCCGGUGGGCAGGAGGGGCAGCGGCAGCAGGGGGCGGCCAGGAUGUGUGUGUGUGUGUGUGUGUGUGUGUGUGUGUGUGUGUGUGAUGUUUGCAGUAUCCCAUGAGGAUUUAGGAUUAGGAUGCAGGCCAGGAGAUGCAGGGUGGGCUGUACUUGCCAGCCCAAUUUAAGCCAGGGCAGUACGGGAGGCCGGCAUCAUGAGACGGAGUGGCGGGGGCUGCUGGGGGGGGGGGCUUGAGGAGCUGCGGCGACGACAUAAGGCGGAUCAUGUGGGAUGCGGUUUAGGACCGGCGCCCGUGUGUGUGUGUGUGUGUGUGUGUGUGUGUGUGUGCGUGCGUGAUUCAUGUGGGCUGACUGGUAAAGGGCCAGCAGCGGCACACGGGCGUGACGCGGGCGGGCGGGAGCAGGGCUGUGCUGCUGGAGAGAGGAAACAACCUGCGAAGGCGAGAAGCCAGGGUCGGGGGCUGCUGGGACCCGGUGUGUGAUCUUACAGCUGCAAACUGUGUGUGAUUCCGAUUCUGGGGAUGGGAGGGAGGGGGAGUGAUCCAAGUCGGCUAUUCAAUUCGUGUGGACUUUAAAGAAUCGGGAUGUGCCAGACUCCGCAGAGACGGUGAGCACCGAGUGCGUGUUAAGCAGGGCAAGAUGGAGCCACAGUGGGUAUUCAGGAGUUAUUGCCGGAGUGCUACAUCGUGCACCGGACGGCUACGGGGCGGGGCUGAAGUUGGGCUGUAGUCGGAUACCGUGAGGCGGAGGCGUGUGAUACCGUAAAGCCGGCAGAUGGGAGUGAUGGAUGAGGAAUUUACGCUGUAGGGCGGCGGGGCGUGCACAUCGGGGCGGUGGCUGAAGAGGGACUGAUGAAGAGACGGGCGGUGACGUACAGUUCUGUGGCGGGCCGCAUGGUGGGCUGGUGGCGGUUGUGUCGCGGCAGUUGGUGGAGGUGGGCGGGCCAUGCGAGGCAUGUGGACCCAGGCUGGGCCGUUAGCCGGCCGUGCGCGCAUGCUCGAGACAGGGCGCGGCGUGGCGUGGCGUGACGGUGUGUGCGCGUGUAUGUUUUUGCGGGGCUUGCCGCGCCCCUAUGCCGCGACAGGGGUUAAAAUGGGUAUUUAUGGCUGGUGCGGACAGUGGACUGUUGUAUUCUGCGUUUGUUUCGUUGGCCUUUAUCGUGGCCUUGCUUUGCUUGCGAUCUCCUCGUUUCCCAUAUGAUGUUCCCGUAGUGGCUUCAAGCAACAGUCUAACAUUUUUAUCAAUACGACUACGGUACUCCGGGGAGUGUAAACUGUUAUUACG